CUCACUCACAUCCUCAAUUGCCUCAAAAUCAACCUGCUUCCAGAGUUGCGUCUUCCAAGAGGUCACAUAACUUUUGAACGUUUCUACCAAAUCCCACAUCUUCUUGUUUGCCUUCAUCUCCCUACGCAUGGCCUUCAAAUCCACGUAAUUGGGGAUGUCACGAACGUCAAAGGAUUUGGCAGACACCUGCAUUGCAGCCACGCCUCUUUCCACCUCACUUAAUCGAACAUCCCACAUAUCAAGUUGACUGUAGGCAUUUGGACAUUCAUAUUGGAAGAUAUUUGAUUCUGCAAACUCACGUCGCAUAGCCGACGCCUGUUCAUCGUACUCUGUGCUCAGAGCUCGGAUAUUUUGAACUUCUCUCUCUUGAAGAGGCUGUACUUUUUGUUUUGUAAUCACUGAGAAGUUUUUCAACUCAUUCCAUUGGGCAGGCAACACCUAGAAAGUUGUCUAUUAAAAUUGCCUCAUUCAACUCACUUCCAACAGUUUGACCACAGACUCCGGCAACUCCUCACCGAACUCCUUCAACAAUGCAACAGUCUCACGCAGUGGAUCAAAUCCAGCAUCAGUUGCAGCCUCUGCGUCCCGAACGAGCUUUAGACGCUCCAAUAUUGUCACGAGUUUAUCGUAGUCCACCUUCUCAGUAGCCACCUUGAAGGAGAGAUCCUCAUUGCUGUCAUGAAUGAAGGAGCUGAGUCCAUUCAAAGUGUUAGUCACGUGAUCUAUAAGGAAUUGCUUAAAUUUAUCACUCCAUUGACGAAUCUCUGUGAGUAGUGCCACUUUAAAAGGCUUCAAAUCUACACGCAUCCAAUUGUCAAAGAUGUGUGCAUCUUCCAACUUCUCCACAUCCUCGAAGACCUUGUCAUACUUGAGAAUAAUCUCUCUAAAUUGAUCGAGAGUGGGUGGAUGCUCUGGUGCCGUUAUGUCUCCAUUCAUGUCAAUGUCAUCGCGGGUUAAUAGGCGUCCAUAAAGACAGAAUUGACGAAUGAAUUCACGUCUAUCCUCAGCCCAGUAGAAUGCAUAAUUCGAUUCCAAAUUGGCCUGAUAUUCCGAGGCUGCUCGCAUAACUGCAUUCACAUGAUCAGUUAUCUUCAUGAUGAGGUCUGCAAUCUCGGGCGUUUGCAUCACUUGAUAGGAAAAUCCCACUCGAUCUUUAAUAGUUUUGGAGAUUCGAGCACUCUCAUCUGAAGCUCUAGAGAGGAGGCUUUUACUCUUCUCCUCUUGUGCCACAGAAGUGGAGGCUUCUUCUUCAUCCUCCUUCUUCUCAUCGUCUUCAUCUCUGCCUUCUGCCUUCUUAUCUGCCUCUUUGUCAUCACUUUCACCCUCAGCCUCUUCUGCCUUCCUCUUCUCUAG